GUUAGAACAAGAAUCUUUGGAUACCUAUAUGUACUGUUAGUUUGCUAUAUGUACCGCCAAAAAGUUCCAACGACUUUGAAUGAAGUUCAGAGAGUUAUUCUGGCGUCUGAGUUAUGAGCAGUUAUGAGUUUGAAAUGACUCGACAGAGCUCACAAAACUGAUAGCACUGUACACCAUUGACGGUUAUUGGUGGGGUCAGACACUAUAAACAUAUUCAACAAGCAAAAUUACGCAGCAGUUAGCAGACGCCUUCGUAGCCAUGAAUAUCGACUUCGAGGGGAAACGGAUUCUCGUAACGGGUGCUGGACAAGGCAUUGGCAGGCAGCUGGCUCUUCGCCUCUCAAAGUACAAAGCGCAAGUGAUCGCCCUGUCUAAGACAAAGAAGAACCUGGACACAUUGUGCGCCGAGGAUCCUCGUAUCCAGGCUGUCUGCGUGGACCUUCUCGACUGGGACGCCACCAGAAAGGCCGUUCAGUCCGUUCUGCCAGUACAUCUUUUGGUGAACAAUGCCGCUGUUGCUCGUUUGAACCCAUUUUUGGAGGCCACGCGGGAAGACUUCGAUCUAACCUUCGACGCGAACGUGAAAUCCAUUUUGAACGUCUCUCAGGUGGUCGCUGGGAACAUGAUCGAGAGAAAAAUCGGUGGCAGUAUUGUCAAUGUCUCUUCGCAGGCAAGCAUUGCUGCCCUGAAGGAUCACGCUGUCUACUGCGCCUCCAAGGGAGCUGUAGACAUGUUGUCCAAAACAAUGGCCCUUGAGCUUGGUCAGCACAAUAUUCGUGUGAACACCGUGAACCCGACGGUGAUCAUGACGGAAAUGGGUAAAAUAGGCUGGAAUAACCCGGAAAAGGCAGAACCAAUGAUCAGGAAGAUACCAUUGGGUCGAUUCGGUGAAGUGGACGAAGUUGUGGACGGAAUUGUCUUCCUCUUGAGCGAUCGGAGUUCCAUGAUCAACGGGGUCGCUUUACCCAUCGACGGUGGAUUUGUGGCGACCUAAAUUGCUGAUUACACUGCUCGUCCUCAAAAUCAUAUACAAUAAUGCGUACAAGACAAUAAUAUUUUAUAGAUGACCAAAAUCAAAAACCGUUUUUCAUCAUUCGCUAUUUGUAAACUUUUUUUUUA